CUCUAUACAGAAUAUAUAGGCCACUCUAUUAUACAGUAGUUGGGAUUUGAUAAAACGUAUCGUUACCUCUGCAUGUAAAUCAUGUCAGUGUCACAUGGAAUCGUGGAGAAGAGGGGUGAUACACCUAUUUAUAAUUCUACAAUAUUAGACAGUGUUGAUUUCAAUCGUCACCGAGCCAGUUUUAACCCACCAAUAACACCGGAUAAUUUAGGAGAGGAAUUUGUGAUGCGACCUUUAUGUCUUGAAGAUUUUGAAAGAGGUUAUAUGGAGCUUCUUGAUGAACAUGUUCCAAAUGGAUUGAUAAAUAAAGAAGAAUUUACAGAACGGUUCAAUAAAAUGAAAAAAGCUGGUGAUAUUCAUUUAAUAACAGUCAUAGAGGAUGUAACAACGAAUAAAACUAUAGCCAGUGCAACAUUAGUUAAUGAACUGAAAUUCCUAAUGAAGGCUACAUCGAGAGGAAGGAUAGAAGAUGUGGUCGUUAGUAAACCUUACAGAGGAAAACAAUUUGGUAAAAUAUUACUGGAAACAUUGACAUUGUUAGCCGAGAAACUUGGAUGUUACGAAUCAUCAUUAGAAUGUGAACAGAAAAACAUAACAUAUUAUUCCAAAUUUGGUUACCAAGUUGAACCAAACGAUCAAUAUAUGACAUUAAGAUUUAAAUAAAUAACUGUUGAAUUCAAUUGUUUUGAUAACUGUAAUGUAUAUAAAAAUCUUAAUGACUUCAUACCUAUAUAAUAAAAAUAACAAACUUG